GAGCGCGGCUUCCUGAAGAAGAUCGUGAUGCCUUUCCUGCUGGGGCUCAAGUUCAAAGCGACGGCGCUGGUGCCUCUGGCGCUGGCCCUCAUCGCCGUCAAGACGUGGAAGGCGCUCACGCUGGGCCUGCUCUCGCUCGUGCUGUCCGGCGCGCUCGUCAUCUUCAAGUUCACCAAGCCCAAGGUGGUCAACUACGAGGUGAUCCACUACCCGCACGCGCCGCAAGUGGUGGAGCACCCGGUGGCCAUGCCCUACGACCACCACAGCUACGGCCGCGCGUUGCCUGACGCCCAGCAGCUGGCGUACAGCGCCUACGCUCGACAGUGAACUAACUCUCCACGCCGCACCCUUCUCAUCCAUCUCAGGUUCCCGGUCUCAGCGCAGGAGGGCCGCACAAGUCGUAGGAAGCACCAGGAACGCUAGCGCAUCCCUUUGGUCACAAACAAAUUGUCACCGAGUCUUAACGUCCAUUUCAUGAUGCAACCUCCAUCUUCUAAAGCAAGUAUCUUGUUCAGGUACUUAAAUGUAAAAAAGAAUGGAAUUUUAAUAUCCCUGAUAUCCGUUCCCUUCAAGUACAUUUCAUCAUUCCUGCGUUGAGAUUGUGUAAAUUAUUAUUUGUAUCAUGUUAUUUAUUUUUGAAAAAUAAACCCGACAG